CGCAAAUGCUAGAUUAUUCACUUUGCCCCGUCAGUGAAUCUUGGAAAUAGGCUCUGUCAACGGUAAGUUUAAUUUUUACUUUUUACAUGUGUUCUUAUUGACGAGCGUUUAUGUCUAUUACCGAAAGAUUUUCACGGUAGGUCAGAAUUUUUUGCAUUUUCUUGGACAGUUUAAAUGGGUGAUUCCAUUGACGCCUCAGAGCCCUCCCUGGGAACAAUUUAAGUAUUUCUUCGAUCAGCUAAAUAAAUCCUUUUGUAGUCUUAACUGAAACACGAGUUUUUGUGUUGUCAUUUAAAUUGUCAACCUGCAGCUCAAGUGUACGUUCAUGGAGCGUUCCAUUUCCUCUUUGAUCACAAGACAGAGAUCACCUGAUUCACUGCACGUUUACAUUCCAAAACCCUUCAUUGCUUUUAUUUGUUUAUUAUACAAAUAACUCUGACGUCUGCUCAGGGGCUUUGAAUACAGUUUGUUCAUUUUACUUUGCAAAUUAAAUUUAUUUCAUGUGUUCGCCACUCCCAAAAACCUUGGGAUCUUGCGAAAAAACCGGAUGAUGUAACCUUUAUCGGGAAAUUGCAAAGCCAUCCUAAAUAACUUCCAUUUAUUUAUACCUUUUCAUUACUAUCAUUUUAGUGGAAGCUGCAGUCGACAAGAUUAUUCUUUUUCCAAGCUCAGUAGAUAUCAUGAUUGCAAAUGAUCUCAAAUGUAUUUAGUUCAAAUCCCACUAACUAUGAUCAUUGCACUUUUGGGAAAAGAAAAAGGAAAGAAUUAAAAAACUGCAGAAUCACUGAAGCUAAUGGUGCAGAAAUUACUUCUCCUCAUAUUUUAGAUAUGACAGAUUGUAAUUUUGAAUCGAAAGAUCCCCUUAAAAGUUACCUUAUAAAUCAGGUAUACUCAAGAAUACAGUUUGUUCAUUUUUCUUUGCAAAGUUAAAUUUAUUUAAUUUGUUCACCACUCCUUAAAACCUUAGGAUCUUGCAAAAAAUACUGGAUGAUGUAACCUUUAUCAGGAAGUUACUAAGCCAUACUAAAUAGCUUCUAUUUAUUUACACCUUUUCAUUUCUAUCAUUAUUAUGGAUGCUGCAGUCGACAGGGUUAUUCUUUCUCCAAGCUCAGGAAAUAACAUGAUUGCAGAUGAUCUUAAAUGUUUUUAAUUCAAAUCCCACUAACUGUGAUCAUUACACUUUUGGGAAAAGAAAAAGGAAAAAACAAAAACUGCAGAAUCACUGAAGCUAGUGGUGCAGAAAUUACUUUCUCUCCUAUUUUAGAUAUUAAAGAUUGUAAUUUUGAAUUGAAAGGUCUCCUUUAAAAGUUGUCAUAUAAAUCAGGUGUAUUUAAUUAACUAUAAUUUGUGAUGUGCUGUCUGAAAAAGCAGGGCCAAGUAAAUCUUUCCAAGUCAGUGAUAUGUGUUAUAGCAGAGCUUGCAGAACAUAGCCCCAUAAUUAUACAAAAUAGUAGUAACCCAUCAAGCCAAAAAAAAUUUGGAUGUAUGACCCUCCGACCAUACAAGGUGCUACUUUUAACAUGCGUGGUUAAAGGAGAACUGAAGUCCAAAUUCAUGUAAUUUUUUUCACCGUGUAUCGUACAUUUAUGUAUGAUGGAACAAAUUUCCGUCAUUUUUUUUCCCUCGAACGACAGUUUUCAUCCAGAAAACGAAGGGUUUUUAGUGAUAAUUGGCUCGACAUUUGACUGUGGUACGUCGGCUCAGAACACGAAUGUCAGCGGUUCUUUUUGUAGCGUGUGACGUAGGUUAUGGGGAUGAAGGUAAACACAGCAAGAAACAGGCAAGUUGAAUUCAGGGCUGCGGCUUGCUCGCGGGAAAGAAUUUGUGGUUUUCCAGGAGUAAAGAUUGUGCAAGGUGAAGCGAAAAAUGAUUCAAGCGCCUCUCAUAUAAGAAAAUUGGUCUUCUAUCCAGGGAUUGUGUAAGAGAAAAAUAUUUUGGCUUUCGUAACCCUGUGUCUCUGAAACGUAGUUACGUGUCCAGAUCAUGUGCGGCGCAUCUUUUAUACUUGGAUUGACCUCGAUGUUUUCGGAAUAGGGUCUCCACUUUAAUUUUUCUUAGAUACUGGUAAUUUAAGAUAUUUCAUCUUCCAUUCUGUUUCCCAUAUUUUGUUAUUUACCUUUUUUAACAUUAGUUUGCAACGCGUUUGUAGUCUGGAUUUUGCAAUGGCAUGUACGAUAACGCACGCUGUUAACAAUGUCGCAAGAAGUCCAAAAGGAAAUAAAAUUUUGAAAUUCGUGUUGAACCUUGGUUUAUAAGUUCUCUAUAAUGGGUUAAAUUCUUGGCUUACGCAAGAAAGGAUGUACAAAUACGGAAGCCCGAGUUAUUUGAGUUUAUUCUUCUAUCUGUUCUUGGCGGUUGAGUAGCCCUCGUUGCUUUAUUUACUUCGAUUACUUUCGAGCUAAAAAAUGGUAUACUGCGCGGCGUUCGAUUGUAACAACGACUCGAGGUACACAACUGGUAUAUCCUACCAUUGCUUUCCGAGGGAUGAAGCUCUACGAUCACAGUGGCUGGCAAAGAUCUCACGAGCGGAUCUGGUCGUUUCGAAAAACUCCAGGCUGUGCUCAGAACAUUUUACACCUGACUGCUACGAACGAGACUUGAAAGCAGAAAUUCUUGGUUUGAAACCCAGAUCUACGCUAAAACCAGGUGCAAUACCCACGGUUUUUUCGCAUAGGAGACCAUCAAAAAGACCUCGACUUUCAUCGGAGAAACGUUCAGAAGAGAAAGUCAGAAAAGAAGUAAGUGAAUCGCGAAUUACUCUCUUGUAACUGGGUUGGGUUGUUGCAAAGCUUGGGUUGUUGCAAAGCUUGGGUUGUUGCAAAGCUUGGGUUGUUGCAAACUCUUGAAGCUGCUCAUCAUUUAUGCAUGAUUGAUAAAAAAAAAUUAAAAGGUGAAUGCAGUUUGAGGGCAAUAACAAUUUAUAUCUUAAGGGAUAUCACCCGAAUAGGUUCCAUUGAGAAACAUUAAAUUGUCACAAAAAAGUAUUUCUUCUCCUUACGCAAAAAACAAUAUCCUGCCAUGGAAUUCCUUCUAGUUUCAUCAUUUUUUUUUUUUUCUGAGUAAUCUUUGUACUUCGUCUCUCCUGAAAAUUUUUGACCAAUAGGUAAACAAAAUUAAAUUGUUUCAGAAUAAAGUGAUUAUUCUUUAAUUCUAGGAACAUUAUACCUGUCCCUUGUUAACUAGCAGGUGAACAAAAUUAGUACAAAUAGACUAUAUAUAAGUUGUGGAUAUUAUUCUUUAAAUAAUGAAUUCUUUUAACCUUCUUUACUUCUAUGUGAAUAAAAACUUAAUACAACUGGAAAUUCUAAGUUGAAACCAGUGCAGGCUUUCAACCAAAGGAGGGCAGGGUCAGGUGUUAUAUUUUCCAAGAAAAUCCCAUUGAAUCAUUGUGUAACCAUAUAGUAGCAUAGUUUAUCCCCCAUACCUAAAUUUUUAUUCUCUCAAAGGGUCACUAACCCAUACCAUAACAGAGUUAAUAUUUUUUUUCUGUUAUAGUAUAUAGCCUCUAUCACUGCACAACCUAGUUGUGGAAUCGAAGAACAUGCAGCUUCAGCUUUAGAACAGCCUGCACCUGUUGAUGUAGUGAAUUGUGGAGCAAGUACAUCAACCUCAGACAGCCCAUUAUAUCCACUCCCACAUGAUUUAGGGCCUAAAAGCACGUUGGUUGAGUCACAAGCAGUGCAGGUGAAUUUGCCAAACAAGGGUGUGGAUUUUGGGAUCCAAGUCAAUCUUCGUGGUCUCCAUUUAAUGAUGAAAUCUACUGACACCCAAGUCGAGGUUGAGGUUUCAGAAAGCAGCACCCAGACUGAAGAGGUAUUCCUUCCUGAAAUUGAAGAUAACAAAGAAGAAGCAACUGAAGCUGCUGCUUCCCCAGAAGUCUCUCCAAGAAAAGAUAGCAUCUACCUUCCCACAAAACAGGAAGAUUCAGAUGAUUCGAACUUGUCAGGAUCAGACAACGAACACCAAGGGGAAACAAAAUGUGAAAAGCCACAGGAUGAUACCAAAUACAUUGUAUUUAAACAAGAGCUAUUUAAAUUGUUUAAGUACUGUCCUGAGUGUGGUGCAGUUGUGAUUAAGAGGAACCAAUCCACAUAAGGAAGCCAACUAUUUGUCACCCUAGAAUGUAUGAAUAAUCAUAAGUACUCCUGGCAAAGCCAGCCAAUGCUUGAGGGGAUGGAAGCUGGAAAUUUGUUGCUGUCAUCAUCUAUUAUGCUCAGUGGCUCUACCUUUACAAAAGUAGCAUCUUUAGCAGAUAUCUUAAAUUUAAAAAUUUUCAGUGAGAAAACAUUUUAUAACAUUCAAAACAAGUACUUAUUACCCGUAAUCAAUGAGUUCUGGCUUAAAGAACAAAAUUCCACUUUUUCUGAGCUAGGGGGGCCAGAUCUGUGGCUUUCAGGGGAUGGGAGUUGUGACAGUCCUUGCCAUAAUGCAAAUUAUGGGACAUAUACCAUGAUUGAUCAGAAAACUGAUAAGAUUGUUGACUCCAAGGUUGUUCAGGUCAGCGAAGUAAAUAAUAGCAAUGCCAUGGAAAAAGAGGGUUUUAAACGCUGUAUGGAAAACAUCUAUGAAAAAGGGGGGAAAGUUAUGGUUGUUGCAACUGACCGUCAUGUGGGCAUUAGGGCUGACAUGAAAAGAAAUUUCCCUGAAGUUGAUCAUCAAUUUGAUGUGUGGCACCUUUCCAAGAGUAUAACUAAAAAGUUAGCCAAAAAAGCAAAGAAAAAAGAAUGUGCUGAUCUCUCUCGCUGGAUCAGAUCCAUCUCAAACCACCUUUGGUGGUGUGCCAAAACUUAUGGGGGAGACAAGGAGAUGUUGAGAGAGAAGUGAAUAUCCAUUGUCUAACACACUGCCAAUAUCCACUCCUGGGAUUCAGCUGACCUGUAUGAGGAAUGUGCCCACCAACCAAUCCCUCCAGCUAUCGCAAGAACUAAAAGGUGGCUUAGGCCUGGCUCCUCUGCUCAUAAUGCAUUGAAGGAGGUUGUAUUCGAUAAAAAUCUGUUGAAGGACAUUCAGCAACUAACACUAAGUUGUCAUACUGGCAAUUUAGAGGUGUACCAUAGUGUGCAGACCAAAUAUGCACCCAAACGGCAGCACUUCUCUUAUAAUGGCAUGGUUGCUCGAACUCAGUUGGCAGCACUAGACCAUAAUGCCAACACUGGUAGACAACAAGCCACUGUAUCCAGGGGUGCCAACCAAGGGGAGCUGCAAUAUAAGGUAGUGUUUCCGAAAAUAACAAAAGAAUGGGUGGCAAAGCCCAUAUUUGAGAAGACAACCAAUUAUCAUCUCAAGCCAAUGCUUAAUGCCAUUGUAGAGAGAAAAUGCUUAAAACCACAAGAGAGGAGUGCAACAGUCACAGCACCACACAUUCCUGGAGACAUUGCCAGCAAACCCCGGCCUCCUAAAGCAGAUGUCAUUGCUAAUCAUACUUCGAGAUUUUCGAAUAAUUAAAUACAACAACUUUGUCAAUAACACAAUCAAAUGAAAAUAAAAGCAAUCAUCGUAGCAAAAAAAGCAAUCAAAGUUAGGUUUGAGGUUUAUUUCAUUCAGGCCACGCAGCUAUCCCUGGCAAUGUGGAUAAUUUAAUAACUGCAGUAGGGAUGACAUUCGUUUGGCUCUGCAUGGCUUUUUGACUGAAUCACUAUGCAGAAAUGUGUUAGUAAUUCAUAUCCUCGAUAAGUAAUUGUAUAUUUCACGCAAAUUUUAGAAAGAAACCGUAACAUAAGGAAAGAAGAGCCUCUGAUGUUAUACACGCAAAGGAUAUGUUACUAAUCAUUAUUAAAGGACAUUAAGGAUAAAGUUCAAAGUUCCAGAUCUGCUUCUCGAAACCCCACGUAAUUACCACUCUCUUCUGGAAAUGUUUUACGUAUGGCCGUGACGACGCAUGCUGGCACGAUUCUCCGCCGGUUUUUUCCUAAUACCCCAUGUGCCCACCAAGUAAAUUGUCUGUAGGCUGCCAAACGCCAAGUUCUAGAGAACAAGAGGAUAUAAAGUCACAAAAGCGAUUGACUUAAUUACGUGUACAAAAUAAGAAAGAAAAAGACAGUUUACCUGUUGACGAUAGGGUCGGGAAUUGGAUUGAGCCGCGCAUUGUGGAUUGCAACCAAUGCCGUGCUCAAAACAUCCGUGUCCAAGCACACAAUACCAAAUUUCGGAUGUUCUGUUAUACAUCUAACACAUAUUAAGAAGAAAAAAGUCUUAACAUUUUAUUUCCCUCACUGUUUCAAUAAUUUUCAUCCAUCAGACCUUGUAAUUGUAAUUACAACUAAGAUCGAGUUUGCAAUUGUCCACCUUUUGUCACUCUUAGCAAAGAAGCGGUCGCUUCAAACAAAAUACUCGUGAGAAUAAUCACAUAAUAAGUACAAACCUGAAUUGUCGAACUUUUGAUUAAGCUCCUCUAGUUCUUGGCAGCAGUAACAUUCAUUUGCCACCGGCAUAAGCGCACAAGCGCCGCACAAACACCAUUCGGUGUUUCCCAUCCUCGAAGUAUUGUCUUCUUCGUGGGCUUCUACCUCCUGUCCUACACUCUUUUCCUGAGGUGGUUCUUCUCCAGGCUGAUAUACUGGUUCGAACUGAAAUGGUUCUAUUCCGCUCAUAACGAAGGGUCGACGAAGAAGCAAUUUGUAUUAAAACUUAGCUGAACGAUAACACGUUCUAAAGUGAUCCCCAUAACAUACGUCACAGGCUCUUUUGGAAGACCGCUGAUUUAAAAUUGGUGCCCACGGUUUGAAAGCCGAAACAGCGCGAAAAUACAAACUUUAAAGAAAUAUUUCUCCAAGGUAAGACACAUUUAGCACAAAUAACGCCUGAAAUCGAGAAUUUCGUCACUUUGGCUAUCGAAAGAAAUUAACUCAAUUUUUGGCUUCAGUUCUCCUUUAACCAUACCUUGGGCACACCAAUGCCACGGCUUUGUCCAGUAGUCCAGUGGUCAGUGCACUGGGAUCCGAGUCGGAUGAUCCAGGUUCUAGUCCUGGCUGGAGCAAUGCAUUGUGCCCUUGAGACGUGCGGAAAAAAAAAAAUGCGAGCUCCACUUUUAGGCUUGGCUAAAUCUAUAUAUUAUAUUUGAUGUGGGUUAUCUAUUGAAUAAUGAAUUUGUAUUAAUUAGUCAACAUCAAGCAAUCAAUCAUAGUGUUAUCUGCUCUAUAUCUCUCUCUUGCAUAAUUUUUUUUUAGUUGGGAGGGGAGAGUUUGCAGCAGUAUCAAGAUAAUUUCUUUUUGGAUUUAGAGUUUGUACCCAAGUGUUUGUUGUGCUGAAUGGAAUGAUUUUCCUAACAUCCUCCCAGACCUUGGUGGGAAGAGUUGUAUUAUCCUCAUGUCAACGUUACGCUUUGAGACAUUGUUUAUCCACCACCCCUGCCCUCGCUGGAGAAGGUGAUUUCCUUUCACCCUUUUUAAAAUUCUCCUCUCUCUCUGUUUUUGUGUGCUAACCCUUUGAUGCUGGAAUCACACAUUAAUGUCCCAAGAAUUACGGUAAUGAUCACCAACUGAAGAAGCUCUGGAUUGUUAAACAAAUUCUCCUUGUCAGCACCUUAGGAAAUGUGUAGAGAACAGUAUAGAGAAUAUGCAUAUUGAUGUUAUGAUGUCAUGCUGUAAAGGGUUUGUCUCUUAUUUUCCCAUUUCCUCUAUAUUUUUUAGGUAAUGAUAAAAAAAAAAGUUUAAUAAUUUUUCUCUUUACAGCUAAUGACAUAAUGACAUAUUUUAGGGUUUAAAAGAAAAACUUAUCAUGAAUUUUUUUUUUGAAGGAAAAAUGUCUGGUGUCAGCAAGAUUUUUGCUCGUGAAAUAUUUGACAGUCGUGGAAACCCUAGUGUUGAGGUUGAUAUCACAACAUCAAAAGGUGAAUAAUUAUUGGGCAGUUGGUAUGCAUUUUUAAGUAUUAGAUACGAGUUAUUUGUAACAUAAUUGGUUUUCUUCCCUGGAAGAACAGGUUUUCAAUAGCAAGGGGGUAGCAAGUAGAUCUAUUGUGCUGGCUGCCCAUUUUAGCCUUUGCACAAACAUUACUGUACUCCUAAUCUACAUGUAGUUAUUUUGGAAUUUGUUCAAAGUGGUUGAGAAUUUGAGGAACAACAAAGCAAGAUAAAUUUGGUGAGACCUCAAAGCACAACUGCAAGAGCAUAGAACUUCAAAAUUUCCCAGGGGAACCUAGACCUCUCCAAUAAUAAGAGUCUCUUCAGGCCUUCAAAACCAUAUGCCUGCCAUUUUUAUGUCAUAUUUUUAUUGAAUUUACCUCUGGUCUUGCUAUUCAGAUAUAUCAUUGUGCAAUAAUAACCACCUGUAACUUUCCUGGCUGUAACAUUCAGUAUGCAUUUUGCUAGGAUGUUAAUUAGGUAGCUUGGACAACAGAAUUCUUCAGUUACUCAUCAAGAUUUUCUGACUAACUUUCAAUGGUAUAAGCUAUUUUUUCUCAGAUUUAGGAAAUAUCCUUUAAUUUCUUUUUAUACUACUCUCCCACAACUACAUUUCUUGUCCGAAACCCUAAUUUUGUAAUAAACAAACAUAUAGACUUCCUUUGUCUUCUUCUUGCUUAAAACAAAUAAAUAUUCCAGAGCUAAUUGUACAAAUGUGGUUGGUGAGAAGGCCCAAUGAGCUCUGGAUUCUGGUUUGAGAGGUCUGGGUUGGAGCCUCGGUUAGGUUCAUUUUGGUGUGUUCUUAUACCACAAACUUCCUCUCUGGUAGCUUCCCUUUACCCAGGUGUCUCUGUGGGUGGGCACCAUUGUAUCAUCUUAUUGUAUAACAUAGAGGAAUGUAGGCAGAGAAACUAGCUCAGAGAGAAACACGAGUAGUCAACCAUCUUCUUUGUUUACUUGGUUAUAUAAAAACAAGAAGCAUCUCUUAAUCAAUAUGUCUUGCAACACACAAAAGAUACCUGCAAGCUGCCAGGGAAAUUUGAUGAGUUAUCAGACACUGCAAUAGGCCAUUUUACAGUUGUGUACUUAGUUGCCAAACCUUUGAUUUGGAGUGAGGCUGAAGGUGACAUUGCUGUGAUAGAGACUAGUAUCUAGUUAGCACGAUACCAAAGUAAUUUGCAUUUGAAAAGCAGCAAGGUUUGUAUCAUAACAAGGUCACCCAUAGCCUCAUUCCUGUUCAAAGGCUUGACAACCAAGCACAGUGUAGCCAGUGUAGUGCAGCAAUACUCCUUCCUAUUCACUUUAUGAUACAGAAGUUGUGAUGAGCUCAAAGUUUAGUGGACCUCUUGGUUUGUGAGAGUUUAUUUUACAAAAUACGUGAUACUUUUUUGUUGCAGGGCAGUUUCGUGCUGCUGUUCCAUCUGGUGCAUCCACUGGAGUGCAUGAAGCUUUAGAGCUUCGUGACAAGGAUCCAAAAAGAUUUCUUGGAAAAGGUAAAUUAACAUUCAACAAUAUAAAUGGUACAGUUGCAAUACUACUAAGGGAAAUUAUUGUCAUUGAAAUAUAAAUCUGGUAAUAGACAUUUGUGGUGUAACUUAUAAUGACUAUUAACGAGAAUGAUAAAAGUCUCUGUUUAGGCAUGGGAACCAUACCAUCAUAAUUAGUGUGAUGCUUGAGAAACUUUCAAUUCUUGUCAAUUAAAGAUAAAUUCGAUAUUUAUGAUUGAUUUACAGUAACUAUUAUUUAUAUUUUUUUACAAGGUCUAUUUUUACUAUUCAUGUUUUCAGUAUUUGAUCAAUUGUUUUCUCUUAAAUUCGUAUUUUAUUGGGAAUCUGAAUAAUCAAAAAAAAUUCUGUUUUUGUGUUAGGUGUUCUUAAAGCUGUUGAGAAUGUCAAUAGUAUCAUUGGGCCAGCACUUAUUGCAAAGGUAAUUUCAUAGUAACAAUAAAUACAUUUUAAUUUUUUAUGUUUUGUUACAAUUUCAAUGUCAGUAUCUGAGGAACUGCAUACCUACCCCUCCCCUAACCUGACAACAGUCAGGGGAGGGGUAAAUGUGCAGUUGCUCAGAUACUGACAUUAAUCCAAGAUUCUCAUAGUUCUAAAAUUAUCAAUACUUAGAAUGUGGAUGUGACAAAGCAAGAGGAUGUGGACAAGAUAAUGCUGGAGCUGGAUGGAACUCCCAACAAAUGUAAAUAUUGUUCACAUAUGAUAUUUGUAUUGUUGUAAAUGAUUUUGAUAUGACUCGCUAUCUUGUGAGUGUAUCAAUUGGGUUGUGUCUGUGUGUAAUUACUCAGAAAAUGGAGAUAUGCUAUUUGUGGGAAUGUGGUGAUGAGAAAACACAAAUAGUUGUAUGAAAAGUACUUGUUAAUACCAUGGGGAUUAAGAGUGCCAAUUUGAAAGAUAAACUAGAGUUUUGCGGGUUUCCAAACUGUGCAGAUGUAAGGAAAGGCCACAAACCACCAUAUGCUACUCAGAAUGACUAGGGAGAUUAAAGUGUCUAGUGACUCAGUUGAUAAUACAUGGUGUGAAAUUAAUUUUCUUUUCUGGUAGCCACUUGGCUCCUAAAUUUUUCAAAGUGGUAGCCAAUUCAAAAAAAGUUGGUUGCCAUUUUUAAAGACAAAUAAGACCUUUUUUAAUGCUGUUAGCAUUCUAGAUAGACCCUCCAAAAUUAAGUUAGGAAAAAGAUCUUUAAUGUGCAACAAAUUGGACACUAGGAUGUCCAAUUUAAUUCACUUUAUCUCUAAGUAAGGUUAUGAUGAGGCAUUCUAGUUGCCAAUUUGGCGACUAAUUUUCAGGAUUUGGUCGCCAAAGUGAAAAAUCUCACGCCCUGUAAUACUCAAUUAUCCUGUUAUACUCUCCCACCGACACAGCACCAUAGUCAUCACAGUUUCUUUAGAAAUUUAUAUCUUGUGAGUGGUUUGUUUUUGUGAUGCCUCCAUCCUUAUUCUGUAAACCAUAUUUUAUAAUUUUUAAUGAUUAGAAGUAAAUUUCAUUUGACCCAUGGAUGAAAAUCAUGCAGAGUAAUGAUUCUUGCAGGUAUUAGCUGCAAUUUUAGCAAUUGCAGGAAGGAAGCCUGAAAAAAUUCUGGCAUUGAUUGGGUUAAAACCUGUGUCUCUUAGAUGCUACUUGGUGCUAUCAUCAACUGAGCUUUGAAACCACAUGUUGGGAGCACAUUUUCUAGAGGGAACUUCUCUCCCAGGGAGGAUCUGGUCAUAAUUUAUAAUGAAGUUUAUUUCAUUACUUGACGAAUCAUAUUGACUCUAUUGCGUAUUGAUUUCAGCCAAGCUGGGUGCAAAUGCAAUCCUGGGAGUCUCACUGGCAAUUUGCAAAGCAGGAGCAGUACACAAGGUCAGUAAAGAGCAUCUGUCACUGUUGAGUAUCCCUUUUUUCUUUGGAAAAGAUAAAUGUUAAUUUACAAUGUUCUAUUUACAAUUAAAAGCUGAAGCUAAGUCAUGCAAGAUCAUUCUCAAAAUGUAUCCAUGUUCCUGUGAUUCUGAACCUUUUCACUGACAACUGGAUUAAAAACAAAUUGCUUUUUUUUUUUUUUUGCUUUUCUUACUGAUGCAGAGAAUGAAAAAUUUAUGAAGAUUGAGUGAAUUUUCAAUGAAAGUUACCGGCCAUGUUUCUAAUCACAGUUAACAGACAAGUUAUUAAAUUCUUGCUGAAACAUUUAAAUGGACGUGAAGAUGUUGUGGACUUGUCCACAGAAAGUCCAAAAAUGCUUUCAGGAUUUGUAGUCACCCUGUUUUGCAUGUGGGCCCUCUCUCCAUGACCAAUAUGAAGUUUGUAAGUUUCUUUUGUUAGGUGGUCCCUGUUAGCAAAGUUCAUGGAUACCUACCUACUAGAAUAGGAUUACUUAGCCCCUCACCCCUUGAGCUUAUUAAUUGGCAGUGAGUUUAACCAGGUGCUGUCCUUGUUUCAGGGGGUACCUCUGUAUAAGCAUAUUGCAGACCUGGCAGGCAACAAGGAGGUGAUUCUUCCUGUUCCAGCAUUUAAUGUUAUCAAUGGAGGAAGCCAUGCUGGGAAUAAACUUGCCAUGCAGGAAUUUAUGCUGUUACCAACAGGUUAGACACUUACAGAUUUUACAAUCAUGGCUCUCUUCCUGCAGGAGUAUCAAAAGGUAGAAUAAAAUGUAAGGGAAACUUGUUGUAUUCCCUGGUGGUACUUAUUUGGAGCUAUUAGUAGCUAUUUUUUAUGUACAGUGUUCUCCUUUUCAUGUGGUAACUGGUAAAAUUUAUGGCCUUUAGUAUUUCUUAUUAUCACCUAAAAUUGUUCAGAACUCUUGAAGAUUCAACAGGUGAAAGGAUUGGUCAAGACUAAUGGUUUGAAAAUAACUGUUUUCUUGCUAUACCUGAAGUAAGAGAGAACACUUCAUGUUGCUUGAAAAUUCUGUAUCGCUUUUAUUUUGGAAUUUAAUUACGAUAUUUUGUGUUUUGUGGGAAUGACUCUUUGGAAUCCAAGGUGGCUGAAAUUUCUCCAGGGAGCUAAUUUUUGCCAUCUCUUCAUUAUGCUCUAGAACUUAAUUUUCUUUUUAUUUGUGGAGUUGUUUUCUGUGGGAAGUUAUUUUGACACAUAAAAGAUUAUCCAGUAAGUAUUAAAAUCAGCAAAAUUUUCAUGCAACAUGGUAGUCUUAACUCAAGUAAAAGCCAGGGCAAGUGCUGGCAUUUCAUAAUGGGUUUCAACUUAGAAAAGUUUAAGAAUAUGUAUUUGGUGUUUUUUUAGGGGCCAGUAAUUUUAAGGAAGCAAUGAGAAUGGGCGCAGAAAUCUAUCAGAACCUGAAAAGUGUGGUGAAGAAAAGAUAUGGAAUUGAUGGUGAGUAAGAAGAGCCCUCUGAAGAUGGAAAUUUGUAUCUUUAACCAAGAGGUCCUUUGGAGAAAGAAGUGCAUUUUCCAUUAAUUUAAGAUGUUGAAAAUUGUUUUAAUCCUUUACACCUUAACAUCAGAAUCCACAUUCUCCAUACUAUUUUCCAUACUUUUCCUUUGGGACAGACAAAGGAGAGUUCAUUGUUUAAUCAAAGCAUCUUAGGUUUUGUGAUCAUUUCCUUUAUUCUCAUGAUCUCAAUGACAGAUUCAGCAGUAUUUCUGUAAGGAGAAAUUAGAUGCUGAUCAUACUUAGGGUUUUUAGGGUUGAGAGGAGAUAUUACCUAUUACUUUUCACAUUGUUAUCAACAAUGAUGGUAACAACUAAAGAUUUAAACCACCUUUUGACACACUAAUGUUUUUGUCCUCACAGCUGUUAAUGUUGGUGACGAAGGAGGCUUUGCGCCAAACAUUCAGGAUAACAGAGAAGGUGAGAAAAGUUUCCCUCUCUCUCUCCCCCCCCACACUCCAAAAAAACAAAACCACAUGCUUUAUUUCAGUAAUAUUCCACCCAGUUAUCCAGAUAUCAACCAGUCUUGUUUUUACCACUGAGCCUUAGACUCUAUGGUGAGCAAGACCCAUCAGGAAUUCCUAUAUGACACAUGUCCUGCAUACUGCUGGGAUCGGCAAUUUCAAUGUUUUGUAAACUGAACUAAAAAGAUGGUGCAUUUUUUGGCUUGGUAAAGAAAUAGAGAACAAUGUUUUGCAUCUUAUCAUGAGCAUGGAACAAAGAAAAAACUCUGAGGAAUGGAACCUCUGAGGAAUGAAACCUCAGACCUUCCUGUGACCUUCUUGGUUUUUAUUUGAUAUUCAUAGGUCUUGAGUUGCUCAACGUUGCCAUUGCCCAGGCUGGUUACACUGGUAAGAUCAAAAUCGGCAUGGAUGUUGCUGCAUCAGGUAUGGUAUAAAAACAGUUGUUGAAGUAUGAAAUGACCUUUUAAUGGCAAAUUCUGUUGCUACAAGUGUUUUAACUACCAUGGCAAGUACAGGAAAUGACAGAGGCCCGAUUUUGGCAACUAUUAGUAUGCUUUAGUGUUUUUAUUACUCCGGUUUUGUGGUCUGAGGGUAAUGUGAGAUAAACGUCUACCCACAUUUGUAUUUAAUAUUCAACCAUUGUUUAUUUUUAAAAAAAAUAAUCUUUCAUGGUAGUUGUCUGAGUAUCAAUCCUUGAGCUUCCAAAACUAGUUACCAGCCAUAUUGCUUAUUUCUAAAAAUCCUCCAUCUAACCCUAAUCCUCACCCAUUUAUGGUUAUUUAAUAUUAUAAACUGAUUUGGUAGCAUAAACUGGCCACAAGAGUUUCAAAGCUGACAUUUUGAGCGUCAGUCCUUCAUCAGAGUAAACAUCAUGCAAGAUUAAAUUGCGUUAUCCAUGAACUGUACUUUUUAAGGGUAAAUCCUUAAAUAUAUAUAAUUUCUGCUAAUACUAUUUUAAGUUACACUAUCUACAGUAAUAGAUCGCAGAUGACAUCAAUAUGCAGUAAGAACAGAAAAGUGGCACACACGGUGCAGCCGACUGUGUCACUGAGGUUCUUACUCCAUUUUGAUGUCUGUUGUGAUCUGUUACUGUACAGACACAUCACAGCAUGGAAUCUAUUAAGUUUAUAUGAUAAUAAAUUAAAAUCUUAAUGGUGAUAUCAUCUAUGCAUCUGUCCACUAAUAUAACAUAUGUAAGAACCACUCAAAAUGUUUGUAUCAUUCAGCUUAUCAUAUAACUGAAUAAAUGAUAUUUUUUUAAUCGAAAAGUUGAAGUGUAGUUUUCCCCUUCUUUUAUAGAAUUCUACAAGGAAGGAAAAUAUGAUUUGGACUUCAAGAACCCAGAAUCUGAUCCCUCAAAAUGGGUAGGUGUCAUUGCAUAGACUGAGGAGAUCUUUCGCAACUAUAUCAGCAGGGGAUAUUCAGAAUUGUUGACUUAUUGAAGGAAUAAAUGUGUUUACAUGGCUUGGCAAAGGAUAUUUUGCUCACUAUUGAAAUGCAUUGUUCAUUAACCCUAUGCACCCUGACAUCAAUAGGCAUUAUUCUCCAUGUAUUUUCUUAUACAUUUCCUUUGACACUAACAGGAGGAAUUCAUUCAAUGAUCAAAGCUUCAUAGGUCACUGAUCAUUUCCUUUAUUUAUACCCUUGCAUCAAUUCAGUUACCACAUUCUGUAUACCGAUACUCUUCUCUGUACAUUUGCACUGGUACCAGUAAGGAGAAUUAAUUUAACAAUCAAAGCUUCCUAGGCUGGCAAUCAUUUCCGCUAUUCACAUCAUGAUCUUACUGAAUGAUUCAGCAUUAUUACAAGAGGGAGAAACUAGAUUUUAGUCACUCUUGGGGUUAACGGGUUAAGAGUGUAUUUUCAUCCCGAGCCUUUUCUCUUUUAUUUGCAGAUAUCUGGUGAAGAGUUGUGCAGUAUGUAUGAAGAUUUUAUUGCCAAUUAUCCAGGUAGACCUGUUACUCUGUUGUUUUUUUUUUCGUGAAAAUAAACUUAAAAAGAAAAACCAAUGCGUUAUAAAAGCACUACAGAGAAAUGGCUUCAAAACUACUCUCCAUAUUUUAUGGGGCUUCCAUUUUUUCCAUGUUGUUCAGCAUCACACAAAUUGAAUAAUCAAUUGUAGCAUGCUGAUUAAGAUAUCAGGCUAUUUAAAAAAUCUACACCCCCUAAAUCUUAAUGUAUGAAAUUCUAAGAUUACUGCCAGUGAAAAUACCAGUUAUAGUAACUGCAUCUUUUUUCACUAAGCUGUGAAUUUAUUUAAUUUUUUUUCUCUUUUCCUCUUCAGUUGUGUCCAUUGAAGAUGCAUUUGACCAGGACGAUUGGGAGCAUUGGAGUCAGUUGACAGGAAAAGUAGGCAUUCAAAUUGUUGGGUAAGUUUGCUCUAUUGAUGAUUUCUCUGAACAUAGCAUUCAAUAGUUCCUAUGAGAUAAAGGAGACUUUUUUUGAAUAGUCAGUUACUAAGCAAUUGGUUGGCAGUUUGAUAUCUACAAAUACAUUUAAUUUAACUAGGGAAGGUCAUCCUUAGCAAUUUAACUCCCAGUAGGGAUUAAGAAUAAUGUAGCUUCUCAUGACAAUCUUAAUUCAGUAUCCAGCAGUCAGGUGAUGAGAAUACUAAAACCUUAUCAGGUAGAAGGUUUUGUCUGGAUCAAACACCAAGUUCUCAUAACUAAUAUACUAGUAAAUAUGUAACAGCUAGAGGGGAGAAGUAACAAUCAAAUAUUGGAUGUUUAAGGGUUGAAAGCUUUCUGUUAAUUGAAAGCUGGGUUAUUGGUUUAGCAAGAGUGAAGGUUGCACAAAAUUCUGAUUUGGUUUUGACUUAUUAAUAUUUGUUUAAAUUGUUGGCAAAUCAAAACUAACCACCUUGAUACUCAGCAUUUUGUGUUUCUAAGAGUAAAAUAUUUCGUGUUAAGUAAAAUUGUACAUUUUUGUGCUUCUAUCAGGGAUGACUUGACAGUGACAAACCCAAAACGGUAAGUAAGCCUCAGUGAUAAACAGCUCUGCAAGGCAGCAUGGUUCACUAUUUUUCACUGAUAUAAGAGUGAACAGCAUUUAAUUUCUGCUAACCCUAAUACUGCCAAAUCAUUCAUAAAGAUCACAAGAAUAAAGGAUAUGAUAGCCAACCUAGAGAGCUUUGAUUGUUAAAUGAAUUCUCAUUGUCAGUACCAAAGCAAAUAUCUAGAGAAGAGUGUGGAGAAUGUGGAUACUGAGGGUGAUGUGAACUACUGGUCUUGAGAAUAAAGGCAUAUGACACAAGUUUAGGAGCUAUCUUAAGUUUGGUUUCCCUUCUUAUUUGCCACAUUUGCAACUUUUAUGAACUGGUGAAAAAAUUAAACUGGUCAAAUGUCAUGACUUCAUGAAAUCUUUAACUCCCAGAUGUGAUCAACAUGUAACUUCUGCCUGUAAUAUCCCUACAUUAUCCCACUAACUAAAAUGAGAAUAUUCAAACUUAUCAGGUAGAAGUCGUUAUCUUGAUGUAACACCAAAUUCUGAUGACUUAUUUACCAGAAAAUGUGUAGAAGCAAGUGGGGAGAAUCAGAUCUAGAGGUUUAAAAGGUUAAUGACUGCUAUCUUAGCAUUGAUCCGAAUUUGCAAGAUGUUCGAUGUUGAUAUUUUGUUCCUUGACUGCAGCAUCAAAAUGGCUGUGGAGAAAAAAGCUUGUAACUGCCUUUUGCUGAAAGUGAACCAGAUUGGCUCUGUCACAGAAUCCAUUGAGGCGUAUGUAUAGUAGCUCUUUUUAUGUUUGUUGCAUUUUUUUUGUUUGCUUGUUUGUCCAGUCUUUUUGUUAUGCAACCAAAAUUUUAUUUCAGGUGACCAUAUUGUUGAUUUUUUAUUGCAAAAUGGUGACUUUGAAUAAAGUUGGGCUUGAAAUCCCAAUUGCCUCUCUUCACCCCGUGCUGUAAAUGAGAACUAGCAGGUUUUCAAGAAAACCUGAUUAAAUGCAGUGACAUAAUCUGUGAAAGAUGGUAUCCAUUCCAUAAGAAGCAUCAGUGCUAGUUGCUUCAUGCUAUGGAAAUGGCAACCAGCCUAGGAGGAAGUGUAGAGAGCUAGGCUCAUGUGAGAAAUGUUGUUUUUGUCAUCACCAGGUGCAAGCUUGCUCAGCAAAAUGGCUGGGGUGUUAUGGUGAGUCACCGCAGCGGAGAAACAGAAGAUACUUUUAUUGCUGAUUUGGUUGUGGGUCUGUGCGCAGGACAGGUGAGAUCACCAAAUAGAUUCCAUUUUGUCUUCCUUCUGUUCAGUAUUUGAUUGCAGAUGACAUCAAAAUGUGGUAAGAGUGAAACUGAAGCACACGAGGCACAACUGAGUGUGUCACUGAUGUUCUUAGUUUAUUUUGAUGUCUUGUUUGAUCUGUAAGUGAACAGACUCGCAGCUACAUGGAAUCUAUUUGUUUUAUUUGAUAAUGAAGCAAAAAAACUCUCAAUAAUGAUGACAUCUUUAGGUCUGUUCUCGAAGCAAGAGGCCAAUCAAAAUGUAUGGGUAAUUCAGCUGAUUAUGUAACAUGAAGCAAUCAAAUCCAGAUUCUAAGACAGCAAUGAAACAUUUGUUAAAAUUGAUGGGUAAAGUUUGAUUCGUAGGUGUAACUCAACAUAUCUGUGGUCUCACAGUUCAGAGCCAGGGCUGUUAGUGUGUUUGAAUGAAGAAGGCAAAUAAGUAUAGGAAGGUAGCUAGGUUUUUGUUGACACUGAGUUGUCUUGUGAGAUUACAUGCAAGACAGGUAGUUAUUCAGUUAAAAUUUUCCAAGCAUUCUUCAACGUCAGCAUGAACCUUCGGAAAAAUUUUUAACAUGAAAUUGAUUGACACAUCUGAACCUGUUACUGGAGUAUAAAUGGGUUCUGGCAAAUUGUCAGGUAAGCUUAACGAAAGCCUAACAAAAUGCUGGUGGGGUAUUUGGGAUGAACUGGUAUCCCAAACCCGGGGGAGGGGGGGGGGGAGGGUAAUACCUCAUUACUCCUAGUUACUUCAUGCUAUGGAAACCAGGAUCAGUUCUGGCUGGAUGGACCACUUGGCCUGGUUUCUUGAGCCUUCUGGCUUACCUACCAUAUUCAAACAAUUUUAUGCAAUGAUUUCAUACAGACAUAAUCUUGCAUAGACUUCAAAAUAAGCUUUGACAAUCUGGCUGAUGUUUUGCCUUGCAUUGUUUGUUUUUCUCUUUUUAGAUCAAGACAGGGGCUCCAUGCAGGUCUGAGCGAUUGGCCAAAUACAACCAGCUUCUCAGGUAACUGGUGUAUAUGUUUUCAGUGCAAGGUGUGACUAACGGAAAUAAACAACAUUUUGUGACAACAUUCUUUUUUUUUCCCCCCAACUUUCUUAAGUUAACCAGACAAGAAACUAGUUGUCAAGUUGGGCAGUUAGUCUCUUUGGAGUACAUUCCACCUGGGUCUCCAAAUUUUGACCUCAGCUUAGAGUACAUUUGCACCACCAUGUUCUAGAUGUUGUUCACUUUUUGAUAGCGUUCAAGAAGUUCUGCAUACCACGUGGGGUUCAACAGUUUGUUAAAUAAAUUUUCUAUGAUGGUGGGCAGUUCUCUUUGAACUUACAGUUUCUUGCUUUAGAAUUUGAAUGUGUAAUCUUGCCAGCUUAGAGGAUCCCCAUUAUUUGUAACAGUCCUGGGAUUGGUAAGAAUAAUUAUAUGUUUUGUUGGUGUUUUGACAGAAUUGAGGAGGAACUAGGAGCUGGUGCCAAGUACGCUGGAGAGAAAUUUCGCAAACCUCUGGAAUGA